CAUAGUGUGACUGGCGACAGCCAUAUGAUCCGGCGCUCGACCCAUCGCUCGUCCACAAACACUAAAAGUGUUUCAUAACAAUAUCGUCGGAUAGGAUACUCUCGCCAUUAACGAAAAAUGAGCAACACAGAUGUCCGCCAGGCCAUGUUGUCCUAUUGGGAACAGUAUGAGCCGAGUAUCGAAUCGAUGAUGCUUAGUCAAGAUGCAAAUGAGCUUGACCGCAUGGAGAAAGAAGAAAUUCUUUCAUAUUUGCCACCGAUUAAAGGACGCAGCAUCCUCGAACUCGGCUCCGGAAUUGGGAGGUUUACAGAUCAUUUGGCAGAACAUGCGAAACACCUGACAACAGUCGAUUUCAUGGCGGAUUACGUUGAAAAGAAUCGACAAAGAAACGGCCAUCACACGCACGUGGACUUUCUGCGGGCCGAUGUCACCGAGUUGCAAAUGCCGGCAGACAAGAAAUUCGACGUCAUCUUCUCCAAUUGGCUUCUGAUGUAUUUGAGCGACGAUGAAAUCAAAUCGCUGACUCGCAAAAUGCUCGGAUGGCUCAAAGACGGCGGAUACCUCUUCGUCCGCGAAUCGUGCUUCCAUCCAUCCGGCAACAUCAAGCUCGGAUCCAACCCGACUUUCUACCGAUCGCCCAACGAAUACUUCAGCCUCUUACAGAAGGAAAUAGGCAGUGCGUCGGGCGACGGCGAGAAUCAUCCUCACAGCGUCUUUGAGCUCUCCAGAGCCAAUUCGGUCUCCGCUUACGUCAAGGCUAAAGGUAAUCCCAACCAGCUGUGCUUCCUCCUGAAGAAAAUGCCUUACUCCAAUCAAGAAUACGAGAGCUUCCAAGCUUUCUUGGAUGAGAACCAAUACUCCAGGAACAGCAUUCUCCGAUAUGAAAGGAUCUUUGGAGCCACCUACAUCAGCACCGGUGGACAAGAAACCACCAUUGAAUUUUGCCAAAAACUAGAUUUGAAACCAGGCCAGAAAGUCCUUGAUGUUGGUUGUGGCAUCGGAGGAUCAGCUUUUUAUAUGGCCAGAGAAUAUGGGGCUGAAGUAAGAGGAGUAGACCUUUCCACCAACAUGAUUACACUCGCGCUGGAAAACCAGGCUAAACAGGAAGAAGAAGUAAAAAAAAAGGUGUGCUUUGAGAUAACAGACAUUACGAAAGCCAUAUUUCCUGAUGAGUCGUUCGAUGUCAUCUACAGCCGAGACACGUUGUUGCACAUAGGAGACAAGGAAACGCUUUUUGCCAACUUUUUCAAAUGGCUUCGGCCUGGAGGUAAAGUUUUGAUUUCCGACUACUGCCGUGGAGAUCAAGAGCAUUCUGAGCGCUUCUUACGCUACGUCGCCCAACGUGGUUAUCAUUUACUGACAGUGGCCGACUAUGGCAGUAUUUUUACCAAAGUUGGAUUCAGUGAGGUGGAAGCCAAAGAUGUAACAAACUACUUCGUUGAGAUCUUGCAUAAAGAAACAAAGAGUUUUGCUGAGCAAAAGGAGGACUUCAUCAAAGAAUUUUCAUCUGAGGACUAUAAUGAGAUUUUAUCUGGUUGGCAAGAUAAAGUUCAACGCUGCAGUGAAGGUGAUCAGGCUUGGGGUCUUUUCAUUGCUCGCAAAUAACUUUCUGAUAAUAAAACCUGAUCUGACGAUUUUGUUGUACCUUUUCUUGACAACUUUUACUUAAAUGUAAAAAAACAUAAAAA